AUGCCGUCAGAAACCGAGGUUCAUGUGGCGAGGAGCUUCCUCACUAAGAUUUUGCGGAGUUCGAUGAGGAAGAAUGAUCCGGGCUCGCGGCCUCAUUCCUGGCACUCCUCCAAGCUGACGGAAGAGGAGUCCGAGCCGGCCGGGCGCGAGGUCGCCCCAGCACCAGUCUGGCAGCCAAAACAUGAAGCGAGGCCCAAAGAGUCGUCCAAUCAAGCGGACCACAGCGCCCAGCGUCAGAUAACCAGCCAGUUCAGCUCAGUGAGCAACAUGGAGAGACUGGAGCGUCCCUCUCAUCCAUUCCCUCCAGGUCGUCUUUCCCCGAAUAAAUACAUCAGCAGCGCCGAGUCGCUCAGCGGACCAGGAGGCAAAAGAGACUCUGGGUUCAGCUGUUUUUCGAGCACCAGCCCUCCCGUUCACGAUGCCGGCACACCUGAUAAGAAGGGCACCAGCACCGAAAAUAUUUUCUUCAAGGGCCCUCAGAGUGAAGGGCCUCAGCAGGCGGAGCGGCACAGGUACCUGCAGGUGGGGAACGGAAGCUGGGAAGAGCAUCCUGCAUCUCGGGUUUCCAUCGCAGGGAGACCCAGCAUCGGCCCAGUGUGGCAGGUACCAGAGAAGAAGAAGUCCCAGUCUCCUCCUCCGCCACCUCCACCCCUGCGCAGCGACAGCUUUGCCGCCACAAAGGUGUUCCCUUACUCUGAAGGGCCGGCAAAAAGCCAAGGCAACAACCAGAACGGCCUCAGAUCUCUUCAGGAGAAAACCCCAGAGGCCAGACGUAGCUUCAACCCCCUGCCCACCAAAGACUUCCUCCACCCGAACAUGGCCGCUGACUACAAUCACAACCAGCUGCACCCCAACAAACUCUUCUCCCUGUCCAGCAACGACGUCCGACAAUCUCAGUACACCAAACUCCCCGCCCACCAGCGGCAGUAUAGUGAUGAAAGCACCCUCUACCUGCAGACCAGGACAGCUCCUCCCACCAAGAUCCAGAGCGUAGGAAGCUACUACCGCAGCCUCCAGGAUCUGCCCACAAAUGCCUUCAGCCGCAAACAGGUCCGACACUCCACAGCAUCCAUCUCUGCAAAUCUGGAGAAUGGGGGUCACAGCAGGUACUACGGCCCGGCAGGCCAGCAUUCGCUUCAGCCUGCCGAACACCAGGGCAGAAAGGGCAGAGUGGAGGGUCGGAGGGAGGAGACGGAGAAACCCCACUGGGCAAACAGCAAUGAACCAGGCUUCCCAAGUUCCCUUAAGACUAACAUAAAGACAAAAUACUCUCUACCUCAGUCCCAGCUGCCUUACAGUGAAAAUAAGGAACACAGUGGGCAAUCCCAUCUAGGGAAUGGUCUACAUUAUGACCACCAAACAUCUGAACUCUCUGCUCGAAGCCGCAGCCCAGAAGAUGCUGCAAAGAGAGGUGAAGGGAAUGCUAAUGACAUAAAAAGCCACUUCCCAACACAUCAGACUACUGAUCAUAAGGUCGGUCUUUCCAGGCAUCAAGAUCCAUGGGUGCCCCAAGAGGAUCAACGAAUUUCCCGUCUGAUAACCCCGCUCCUGCACUCCCUCGCCCAGGAGAGUCAAAGUCUGGCAAUGAGGCAGCCGGCAGCUACCCAGGAUGCCGGUGAUGCCAUGGCGGCCAGUGGUGCGAAAUCUAACCGCCGCAGCGACCGCUACGCGACCACGCUCCGCAAUGAGAUCCAGCAGAAGCGAGCCCAGCUGCAAAAGAGCCGCAGCGCCGCGACCUUGACAUGUGAAGCCGAGGAUGAGGAGGCAGAGGAGUGGAGAUCCACAAAGACUUCUUCUGGUGUCUCCUUCUCCAACACCUACAAGGAUCACCUGAAGGAGGCGCAGGCCAGGGUCCUCCAGGCCACCUCCUUCCAAAGACGGGACCUGGAGCCUCUUGGACCAGAGGUACCGGUUGUUAAAACCUCUAACGGACGUGUCAGAGGACGUAAGCGCUUCCCCUUAGCCAAGAGGAUGCACUCCUUCUCAGAGCCGGACAAGAUGGACAAAGUCGGAGUCGAGGGAGAACCUCAAACGGGGUCUUUUGGAGAACGGAGGAGGUUCUUUGAGGCCAAACCAGCUUUUUCCAGGCCUGUGCCAAAAUCCAGUCAGGGUUCAAACUUAAACGCAGACCUUGGUGGGAAAGAAAGAACACCCUCUGGAGAGCCAGAGGAGGCUCGCCCAUCCACAGACCCCAGACACCUUAGCCCAGGACGUAAGCAGGACUUACUGGAGCAGCAGAGGCUCGGGACCUUCGCUGAGUACCAGGCCACGUGGAACAAGCAGAAGAAGUCAUCCGAGGCCAAGACGCAAGGGAGGUACCACUCAGCGGAGAACAUCCUGGACGCAGAUGCAGAGGAGAAGGCGGUGUGCGUCCACGAGAGAUCCCGAUCGUCUCCCUCUGCAGACUUCUACACACAGAAUAUUCCUUCACCAUGGAGAGACUCUCACAGCCAGCAGAACGCCUACAGAGCGAAAACAGAGAGCAGGCUGCGAUACCAGCCCGACCGCAGCCCACAGCCGGCCCCGUCGGUCCCCAGGAACGAGGGCCCGGUCCCAGGCCUCGCUGACCACAGGCCCAGACCAGACGCUGCCAACCCCGCCUACACCACACGCUCCUCCGGCCCUCGCAGCCUCAGCCCCAACCCGGGCUCCCAGCCUCCACAAACCAAGGGCCUCCUGCCGCCGCCCUGGCCCCAUUUAGGCCCAGAAACCACAUCCUCCUCCCAGGAAUUCCUCGCUGGCGCCCAGGCAGCGCUGCAGCCUCUGUCCAGCUCUGACACCCAGAACCCCGCCUCAGCCGCCUCCCCUCACCUCGGCGGGACGUCCAGAGCAGAGAGCGAGGUGGAGAAGGAGCAGCAGCCUCCCUCGUCAUCCCUGCUCUCCUCCUGCCUCCCCACGAUAGAUCGAGCGCGGUCGCCCUCGCCGCAGUUUGCACCACAGAGACUGACCGACAAACCGCCGGUGGUGAUCGUGCAGGACGACUCGUCGCUCAG